AUGCUGGCAGCCAAGAUUAGCCUUCGCGGAAGGCGACUCUAUCUGCUGAUGAAGAUUGUUUGCGGAACCUCUUUCAUGAUGUAUGGGUAUGAUGCUGGAGUACUCGGCGGUAUCAUUCUUCAUAAGCCAUUUCUCGACGCCAUUGGCAAUCCAUCCAAUGACACUGUCAUCCCGAUGAUCGUGGCCAGUUAUGACCUGGCAGCUUGCGUGACCGCACUCGUGGUGGCCUUCUUUGCAUUCAGAAUCGGUCGCCGUGGUACUGUAAUCCUCGGCAAUAUCGCAGCGAUCAUUGGCUCGGUGAUUCAAGCCAGUUCGUAUUCUGUUGCCCAGCUUAUCGUCGGUCGACUCGUACAAGGGGUCUCCAUCGGAGCGAUAUCAAGCGCUGUGCCUACCUAUCUUUCCGAGACUGGUGUUGAGAUCGGAGACCGUGGUCCAGCCAACGCGUUGAAUGCAAUUCUGCUCAUAUCUGGUGUCCCUUUGGCGUACUGGGUCGACUACGGCUUCACCAAAAUGCAAACGCAGGCUUCCUGGAGAGUUCCAAUCAUAUUUCAAUGCAUCUUCGCCAUUAUCAGUGGUGGUCUGAUGCUGUUCUUACCAGAUACGCCACGCUGGUACUACGCCCGCAACCGAUGGGAAGAAGGCGACGCCGCUCUCGCCCAGCUGCACGAUACGGAUGUCAGCGACCCUAGAGUUCAGCGCACACGCAGUGAGAUCCUUGCCGCUAUCGAAGCUGAACUCGAAGCCAAUGCAAGUCUAGACUGGAAGCAAUUCCUGACCAUGGGCAUCAGGGACAAGACCAGAAUGAAGAUCAUUCGGCGACUGUGCAUGUGCUUCUGGCUUCCAAUGAUCCGAGAAUGGAUGGGCUCGAGCCUAAUCGCCUACUACAGCAGCAUCAUCCUCUCGACAGUUGCCAAGCCUUCACUUGUGUCACUUUUAUCUGGAGUCUUGAACAUCUUCUUCGCCCUCGGAUGUGUCCCGUUGUACUUCACCGUCGAGAAAGUGGGGCGAAGGUCGAUCCUGCUUUAUGGAGCUAUGGCCAUGACCGUCCUCAUCACCAUCUUCACUGCUCUAGUCGCAACUGGAGCUGAUAUAGAAUCGAUUGGAUGGACAGCGGUGUCAUUCAUCUUUUUUUUCUUGUUUGUCUUCGGAUGGAGCUGGCAAGGAUGUGUCUGGCUGUACUGUGCUGAGAUUGCACCCCUGGAAUAUCGGCAUAUUGGCGCUGCCGCAACUGCUUUCGGCGAGUGGCUCAUGACUUUCAUAACUGUUUUUGCCGGCCCGAUCGGAUUCGAUCAUAUUGGCUGGUACUUCUGGCUCUGGGUAAUCAGCGGCAACGUCGUUGCAAUCAUUUUCGUGUUCUUUCUAUGCCCUGAGACGGGCGGUAAGACUCUCGAGCAAGUCGACUAUCUGUUCCGUCGAGAAACAUGA